AACUACAUUUCGCACGUCGAAAUAGCGCCCCCGCGCAAUGUUUUAAUUGUGUGACAAGUAAACGUUUCGUUUAUUGUUGCGCACAUUUCAAAUCCUUACUUUACGGUUACUGAUAAAUUAGAAAUAAUUUUAUAAACGAUUAGGAAUUUAGGUAUACAAUGGGUGAUGAAAGUGAGCAGGUGCCAGCAAUAAAUGUUAAGGAACCAUUGGAUCUUAUAAGAUUAAGUCUCGAUGAAAGAAUAUAUGUUAAAAUGAGAAAUGAACGAGAAUUACGAGGCAGAUUACAUGCUUAUGAUCAGCACUUAAAUAUGGUAUUAGGGGAAGCAGAAGAGACUGUAACUACAGUAGAAAUAGAUGAAGAAACAUAUGAAGAAGUUUACCGUACUACCAAGAGAAAUAUUUCUAUGCUCUUUGUUCGUGGUGAUGGAGUGAUUUUAGUCUCUCCACCUAGUAUGAGAGCACCAAUAUAAGAUUUAUGUUCAUGUACAAUGGAUUUCAAUGAAUUUAAAAAGUCUGAAGAAAAAAGAUAGAAUUGAGUUAUUGACAAUGUGAUAUAAAAGUCAGCAAGAUAAUAGACUCAAGUCUAAUCAGCUACAAACUUUAAAACAUUUAUGAGUAUAUGAAUUUCAUUGAUAUAUCAUAUUAAGUUAAAUACACUAAUGAAAAGUU